GUCAGCAACCACAAGCGGCAGCCCAGCUGUGAGGGUAGGAGCUGUCUGCACCCCAGCACCUCUGCACCCCUCGUCUCAGCGGGCUCGGUGCGGACGGGGACGCGCGGCUGCCGCUGCCGGGAUGCUCCUGCCGCGGGCUGGCGGAGCCGGGCCCGCCGCUCCCCUGGCCGCGCUUUCGCUUUCACUUCUUCCGCCUCUGGGCAGAGCGUUUCCCCACUCUGUGCUGAGAAACUAGUGCAGAGCUGGGAUGCUUCCAGACAGAAGGGGAUAAAGCCCGCACAGAUAGAAUGAUGCGAAACUCUAUUCUUUGGUGGAGCAGCUUAUAUGUCAGACUGAUGUUUGUCUUCUGGCCAUGUGCAUCAGCUGGAAAGCAAUGUCAUAUCCAAAAUGAAAUGGCUGACUGCAGUCACCUCAAGCUGACUCAAAUUCCCUCUGAUCUUCCAAACAAUAUAACGAAUUUGGACAUUUCUCAUAAUCAGCUAAGACAACUAGGUCCUGCAAAUCUGACCAAGUACAGCCAGCUGGUUUACUUGAAUGCAGGCUACAACAUCAUCUCUAAACUGCAACCAGAAUUGUGCAGAAAUGUGCCCCUGUUGCAGAUUCUGAAGUUAGAACAUAAUGAAUUGCGUCAGCUCCCUGACAGAACCUUUGCUUCCUGCACCAACCUGACUGAGCUCAGUCUAGGAUACAACAGACUAAAUAUAAAAAAUGAUCCUUUCAAAACCCUGAAGAACUUGAAUAUUUUGGACCUAUCUCAUAAUCCUUUGAAGUCAGCCAAUUUAGGAUUGGAGCAACAGUUGGAGAAACUCCAUAAGCUCAUGUUGGGUAGCAACCAAAUCACUGAGUUGAAAAAAGAAGACUUCCGUUUUCUUAGCAACACCUCAUUGAAUAGUCUUGAUUUGUCAUCAAAUCCACUAAAAGAGUUUCAUACGGGAUGUUUCCAUACAAUUGGAAAUCUGUUUGGCCUCAUACUGAACAAUAUUGAACUUGGUGAAAAUCGCACAAAGAAACUUUGCACAGAAUUAUCAAACACAGCAAUUCGAAACCUCUCGCUGAGCCACGUGAAGCUUUCCUACAUUGACAAGUCAACUUUCCAGGGACUGCAAGGAACAAACCUUACAAUUUUAAACCUUUCCCAAAAUUCUCUCUCUGUCAUAGAAAAUGACUCAUUUCAGUGGCUUUCAAGUUUACAAUACUUAAACCUGAAGCUUAAUAAUAUUCAUGUAUCUCCGCGUUUAUUUUAUGGAUUAUCCAGUCUUAAAUAUUUGAAUCUUAUAAACUCACUUACUGGGAAAAUUGAAGAUUUUUCUUUUCAUUGGCUAUACCACCUGGAGUACCUUGUAAUGGAUAAUAACAAUUUUCCAGGAAUUACUGCUAAUAUGUUCACAGGUCUGAACAACCUGAAAUAUCUGAGUCUUUGCAACUGCAACAUAAACUUACAAAGAAUAACUAAUAAAACAUUUUCAUCACUUGCUAAUUCUAGCUUACAGGUUCUCAACCUCACAAAAACCAGAAUCUCUACAAUAGAAAGUGGGGCAUUUUCUUCCCUGAGACACCUGAAAAUUCUUGAUCUUGGUCUCAAUGAAAUUAGUCAACAGCUUACAGGUCAUGUGUUUAAAGGUCUUGAUAACAUACAAGAUAUUUAUCUUUCCUAUAAUAAAAACUUGACUUUGCAAAGUGAAUCAUUCAUUUUUGUCCCAAGCCUUAGAAAACUGAUGCUGAGGAAGGUAGGCUGCAAUAAUCUGGCACUUUCUCCUUCACCUUUUCAUCCUCUACGAAACCUGACUGUCCUGGACAUCAGCAAUAACAACAUAGCAAACAUAAAAGAAGACUUGUUUGAUGGACUUGGGAAACUUGACAUCCUGGAUUUGCAGCACAACAAUUUAGCCCGGCUUUGGAAACAUGCAAAUCCGGAUGGCCCUGUUCUUUUUUUAAAAGGUCUUCCCAAAUUGCAGAUUCUUAAUUUAAAAUCAAAUGGGCUUGAUGAGAUCCCAGUUGAGGUUUUCAAGGGUCUGUUUCAAUUAAAACACUUGGAUUUAGGAUCGAAUAAUUUGAAUUUGCUUCCAGCAACUCUGUUUGAUGACCAAGCCUCUCUGAAUUCACUGAACCUUCAGAAAAAUCUGAUAACUUCAGUUGAAGAAAAAGUAUUUGGCCCACCUUUCAGGAGCUUGAGAAAACUAGAGAUGGAUUCCAAUCCCUUUGAUUGUACCUGUGAAAGCAUUGCUUGGUUUGCUGAUUGGCUUAAUAAGACCCAAGUAGAUAUACCUGGAUUGAGGUCCCAGUACAUUUGCAACACCCCACCUAAAUAUCAUGGUAGUCUGGUUUUGUAUUUUGAUACCUCAGCCUGCAAAGACAGUGCUCCAUUUAAACUUCUUUUUGUGAUCUCUACCACUAUUGUGACACUACUCAUUUUUAUUGUCCUUACCAUCCAUUUUGAAGGGUGGAGAAUAGCUUUCUACUGGAAUAUUUUAGUUAAUCGAACACUUGGAUUUAAAGAAUUUGAGAGACAACAAGAACAGUAUUAUUAUGAUGCCUAUGUUAUUCAUGCAAGAGAGGACAAGAAUUGGGUGUCUAAAAAUUUCAUAUCUCUGGAAAAAAAUAACCACUUUGAAAUUAAGUUUUGUUUAGAAGAACGGGACUUUGAAGCAGGUAUAUCUGAAUUUGAAGCCACAAUUAACAGCAUAAAAAUGAGCAGGAAGAUUAUUUUUGUUGUGACUGAACACCUCUUACAGGAUCCCUGGUGUAAAAAUUUCAAGGUGUACCAUGCUCUUCAGCAAGCUGUUGAACAAAGUCGGGACUCCAUCAUACUGAUCUUCCUGGAUGACAUCCAAGAUUACAAGUUGUAUCAUGCCCUUCACCUGAGAAGAGGAAUGUUCAGAUCUCGUUGCAUCUUGAACUGGCCAGCCCAGAGAGAACGAGUCGGUGCAUUUCAUCAGCAAUUAGUGAUGGCACUUAAAUCUAAAAGUAAAGGGUGCUGAUUUUUGAGCUACAGAUUUGAAUUAUGGGGUCAUUUUAUUGUAUAUUUUCUACCACUGGAAACUAGCAAGCCUUCAUGAAGGUCUGAAAAAGUUUGUCAUCCUGUAAAUGAAUGUAAGAGUCACUAUAAUUUAAAUUUAUUUGUUUAUAUUCAUGUUUUUGCUGAUAUUUUAAUUCAGCUGCACAGAAGUGAUGUUAAAAGGGAUCAUGGUGGAUAGUCAUUUCAAUCAGUAUAUAAAAAUGUGGUAGAUAUUCUGAAAAGCUGUGAGGAUCACUGAUGUCCUAGGAAAUGAUGUAGGGUAGAAAAGACAUAGACUCUCUAAGGGGAUAUACAAAAGAAAAUGCAUGAAUGAUUAAUUCUUUGUAGAAGGUAGAGUGGACACUACUUCUUGCUUUUGAAACGUGGGGGAUUCAGUGCCUCAGACUGGAAAGCUUUCCUUGUGAAACACAGUAAGUAACACAGAAAACUAGUUCUGUAAUUCAAACCAAGAAAUACAGCAGUUUCAAAAUGAGUUUUAAAAUCUUUGUGAUUAUGACUUCUGGGGGAGCUAAUACUGGUUGCUAUCAAAAAGUGAUUUUCAGGCUGAUGAGUCAACUGAUGUAAUAAAUUUGGUUCCAGGAAAAAAAAUAAUUGCUGUUCUCUAGUGAAAUUCAGAGAGCUGGCACAACAUUACCACUCAGAGAUGUCACCUUGAUUCUUAGAAUGCACACAAAACUGUAUGCAGGCUUGUACACAGAACUUGAAAUCAAUGUGAAGCAUGUCCAAGGCACAGCUGCUGCACCUGUAUGAAACAAAUAAAAGGCACAGAUAUUUUUGUAAUAUAACCAAAAGACAACCUUUUGGAGAAAAUGGUGCUACUGCAAUUUCAUUACCAAAAAUUUUGUUACCGGUGAAGCAACAACAAAAACAAAGAAAUAGUUUUAAAUAGUAUCAGAAACAUUAUUGUGACUACAGUUACAGGUAGAGUGGGAAAAAAUAAUUUCCAAAAGUAAAUUAAUUUCAAUUUUUUUUGUUUUCUUUUAUACACAGUUUUGCCUUUGAUAGCUAAAAGGAAAACUGUAAAGAAACCAGAUAGAAUUCUGUAGUUUAAUUACUUGCAAAUUAAUCUAGUUUGAUUUUUUCCUGAACCUAUUUUACAGAAAUGUAGGCUAGAUGGCAAUUGACAGGUGAUUAAGGUUCAAACAUAUGGCCUAGCAGCUUGAUCUGGAAAGAGAGCUGAGACUGAGCAAAAUCCGCAUUGCAAGGGUGUUCAUAAUGUUUAAGACUGGCUAAAAUGUUAUGGUGAGUCUGAGCACACGUAAUUGUAAAUUAGACAUGUGAAAAACGUGAGAUGAUUAAUUCAUGUUCUUAUGGUAAAUUGGAAAAUUAUAAAGCUGUAUAAAUUUAUAUCAGGUAAAAGUCUAUGUUUCAGGAGGUUUCUGCAGCAGAUGGUGAAACUGACCACCCUGAAAAUCAGGCGUCUCCAUUCAGAAGGGAACAAAAGACUUUGCAGCCUUCUCAAGUAUUGGGAGGGGACCUGUUGAGAUGAGCCAGUAUCAGCAACUCACACCUCGGGAGCCACCUUCACAGACCAUCAAGCAAUAUCCCCCAUAUCUCAAACAUUCAUCAACUAUAAGGAUCCAUAAAAACUGAAUAUUAACACAUGGACUUGGGAGGGGAGCUCUUUUUCAAUCCGACCGGAGACGAAUUUGGGUUUGAAUAGCUAACCAAGAAACAAAGGGAAGUAUGGGGAAAUAUUGCCAGAGGCAGAAUAAAGAGUAUAAAAACCAAGCCUCGAACAUGGCAAAUUCGUGUACCCAGCUAGAGACACCGACGGCCAGGUUCCGUGUCUCUGGGUCACCCUUGGCUCUCUUUUUUCCCGGGAGAAAUUCUGUCAAGUAAGUGUCGCUGUUUGUGGGGUUUCGUAUUGUUUUGUUUUUAUUACUUAAAAUUCUGUAAUUUGAUUCCAAAUUUUGUGAUUUGAAUUUUAAUAAACCAAAUUAUUGAAUUUGGCAAUAAAUUUGUCCUGGCAUUUAUAACAAUUUUGUCGCCCAACAGAGGGGCCAGUUUUGAAUAUUCUACGGACCCCUGAUUCUGACUGGGAGGCGCCCCGCCGUAAAAAGCGGCCUGGCAGAGCGGGUAAGUCCAGUAGAACGAACUGGCUUUACGAACCCAGAACCCACAACAGCGAAAGUAUUAGGUAUUAGGACAAGCUAGCUUGGGGGGGGGCUCGGGAACUCAGCAGGGGUUUUCCCCUAGAACCGCGGUAUUGUUUCACUCGUAACAGUCUAAGUGCACGAAGAAUCCACGCAGGAAAAGGACCGUAAGUAUAGCGUGGUUGAGUGGGGUGACCAAGUGCUUGAGAACGUAUAUGUGCGUGUGAGUGUGUGCGUGAACGAGACGUGAUUUAUCACGAAGCGAGAGCGGACCUUAAGGUCGCGGUUCCGCUGCUCCCGCGAGGGACACGGCCGACCGACGGGGAAGCGAUUAGAACGCGUGAUAUUUCGCUUCGUGUGUGAGUGUUACCCGAUGGGGUGUGGGAGUCACCAGGGGUCCUGAAGGAAAGAGGACGUCCCUUUUUGAGUUCGGGGACGAGUAAGCCUUCUUGACCGCGACCGAGUGGGGUCCGUCAAUUUUUUCGGUGGCGGUUACAGAGCCCUGCGGUUAACCGAACAUCCACGGAACGGUCAUCCGUUGGAUCAUUAAGUUAACGGCACCGAGUUCGGAAACUCGGGAUUUAAUUUUUAUAGUAUCCCAUAACUUCUGUGCCACGGGGAGUAUGGGAUCGUAUCUCAGUAGAGAUCGGGAGGAUUCCUUAAGGGAAACCUCAGCGGGGGCUGCUCUUGAAAUCCCUCGGAAAAGUCCAUUAGGAAAGUUGUUGCAAGAUUGGCAAGAAUGCCCAAUUAGGAGAGGGGCAUCUAAAGAUCGGAUGAUUUAUUUGUGUAUGAAUGUUUGGGGAGGAAAGGAGAUAGGACCUAAUCUUAUAUGGCCUGUGUUUGGUACUUUUGACGAAUGGGCAUGAGAAGCUCUGUGGGAACAUGUAGCGAAGAAGAAAAGGAGAGAAUUUGAGGAAUUGGCAUAUGUUCUGUUAUGGUAUGGGGUACGAGUAAAGCUGUAUUCUGAGGAAAGGGAAACACGGAAUAAACUGGACUACGGGAUAAACUUCUCUCACGGCUCGGUGGCCCACAUCCUGUCAGCUCCUACCCCGACCCCUUCCUCCUCCUCGGCCUUCUCAGUGGCAGCGUUAGCACUGCCAUCCGAGACCCAUGCGGAGCCCCGAGCUCAGAGGCCACUCCAGAAACCUCCCUCCCGCUCAAGGAGAUCCCCGAGAGGGAAUCCUGCCCCCGUUUCUGGUCCUGACCCCGCACCUCGGCCACCGACGCUAAACUAUGGAGAAAAAGAGAAGAAGGGUAAGAAAAACGAAGGGUGGAAGAAUAAACCAGACAGGUAUACACCAGUUAGAGCCCUGGCUAAAACCAGGACCCCCGAAGGAGAUCUUGAAGAACCCGGAAGGGAUUCAGGGUGGGACAGUUGGUGUGAGAGCAAGAACGGCCCGGGAGGAAAAAUGGGGAAAAAGAAGCAUUCCCGUAAGAAAUUUAAGCUAGACAGUAGAGCAAAACAGAAAUUACCAAAGGUGAAUUGGAAUGCAUUAGAGAAUAACUAGUGGUGUUGGGAAGCGUGCAAAUUAGAAAUGCGAGAAUUCACGCAAGUCUGCAAAAGGAGAAAAAGAUAGAAAAAGGAAUUAAAAGGAAUCUUGCUUACUCUUUUCCUUGGUGGUGGUGGAUCUUUUACUUCAGGCUGAAUACAUUUUGGAGGCUCCCUAGAGUUGUGUAUUUUGCUUUAAAGGGUUUUUUCUUCUCCUGGACGAGAUCGGCGGAGUUUUUUUAGGGUUUUUUCUUUUUUUCUUUUCUUCUCUUUUCGCUAACGUGGGAAAGGAACGAAACCCGCCCCCCUUCCCCCCCGCAAGCGGCAGGGCGAGUCAGUCCAUGGUUGCUGGGAGACGAAGGAAAGCGGCAGUUUUAAAGUGACUAGACGAGGCUGCCUGGGGCAGAAAACUGCCAUGUAAGGUGAAAUAGGAAGCAAAAAUGGAUAAAAGUAUUGAGAGAAGAGACCAAGAAUGAGAGCUAUACUUAUGCGUGGGAAAUACCUAGGUGUUUGUUCUUGAAAAGCUGAAAAUAUAUUUUCCUUUUGGUUGCCUGUCUACUGCAUGUGAGGAUUUCGUGCAAAUCAAAAUGUUGAUAGUAUGGUGGAUGUAGUUCGUCUAUGUUUGAAACAAUUGCUACAUUUUGAAUUCGGAUUGUUAGCUUGAGCAGGAAUAUGGCAUUUGUGUUGGCAGACAAUGUAUUGCAAGGGUUUUGUUUGUUUAAGUUUUUCUUUCAAAAGGUUGAAGCAUGUGGCCGGUGGAGUCCAAAUUAAAGCGGCUGUUGAGAGGCUGGAAACUAAAUCUUUCUGUCGAGAUAGUGUUAGAAUGGUAGUUGGAGUCAGGAUUCUAGUAUUAAGUUGGGAAAGUGGUAUAAUUCUCUGUGUUGGUAGUUACAGGAUUUUUCUUUAUUCUUUGCAGUUCCUAUUCUGUAUGUAUUUUGUCUAGUUGGGAACCGGGUUUCUUAAUUUUAAUUACUGACUCCUUAGAAGGAGAUAGUUUGUGUUGUCCCUUUGAUAUUAUGUCUUCUUACUUGCUCCUCAGUUUGGAGGAUGUGAACCUUGAGGUUGCCCUGGUGCCUGUGUUUCAGGGGUGGAGAGUAGGUGAUGUAUGAGAGACAGCGUUUGUGUCACCGGUGUUAAGUAUGGUCGGUGUUUGCUUGUGGUCCUUCGAGCCAUGUAUUUAGGUUUAAUAAUACGCAAGAAUGGAUAGCAAAUACAGGAGCUUUGCUUUGGGAAUUAGGCAUAAGUUAACUCGAGUUUGCUUGUUAAGAGAGGCUAAGUUUGUGAAGUUUUUUUAGGACUGAGGUAAAAAGCAGUAGUGUUAAUGUUCUGGCAAUUGCACUAGAUAAAGCUGUCUGAUUACCGGGGCCUGAAGUUUACAGUGACUCCUGGCUUUGGAAAACUUUUCUGAGUCUUAAGUUCCGAAUUUAAGUAAUGCAUGGUAUAUUACAGAGUAUUUUGAUGCAUUUUAACCAUAGCUUUUGAUGCCUUCCAUCUAAAACAGAUGAGUUAGUCUUGCUACUUUAUUCACUUCUUUUGAUAAAAACUGAAGAAAGCUCAGACCCGCAAUAAGUUAGAAGUGCCUGAGGCGAUGCCAUUUUUAUAUUGCUGCCAGUAUUGUUCUUAUAGCAUCUGUAUAUGUCUAGAAUAUUCUAUAAGUGGUAAAGGAAUAAGUUCUGCUAUUUGUAAUAUCAUUUUCUUCUAUUUAGUGUGCCUUGUUUUUUUUUCUAUGUCCUGUUAAAAUACUCCCCCGGGAUUAUGGGUGAGGUCUUAAGUUUUUCUUUUAAUUUGUAUUAGGUACAAAUGUUGCUUAAAGGUUAUCCUUCAUUACGUUGUCCUGCUCACUGAUUGUUUGAAUUGGCUCCCUGUCGAAGUGGUCACUUCAGCUGUUACUGUAGAUUGUAUCUUGCCGCGCUGGGUAGGGGUCUGAAAUAUAAAUUUGUAGUUCAGUUAAUUAGCAGUAGUGCGGACUCAUUGCACUGAGACUGCAGAAACUGAGGGAAGAUGUGUGUAACCUUCACAACUGAUUCUCUUGGAAACUGCUGUUGUCACAAAACAUUGUAGGAUACGGGGUUUUAUGAAUGUUUGUCUGUAUACCAAAUCACUCUAAAUGUGCUGAGUUUGAUUCUUGAAAUAAGCCCAAAUUGUUUGUGCUUGUCUAUGAUUUUUUUUUAAACUGAAUUUUUCUUUAAAAAGCUAAAACCUGUGUUAAUGCUAUGGGAUUUGGAGUAGUCUUAGUGUUUAUUGCUUACUCGCUAUAUAUCCAGUGGACAUUGUCAGAAGUAUUGGUAGAAUAUAAAAAGAAUUGUUUGUAUGUUUCAGUAUAAACCUCGUUUAAUAAGAAGUAAAAUUCUCUUUCUGUUAAUUUUAAUUUUUCCCUGUAACAGUACAAAAAAAAGAAGAUUUUUUUUUGAAUUUUGUAUUGAGUUCCUUGAAUUCUAGAUAAGGAAUUAAAUCAUUCUUGUGUGAAAAGAAGAUUUUGAGUCGUAUGAAGAAUUGUAAAUUAUUCUGUAUAAAGGGGAUGAGUGAAUUAUGAGCUAGAAAACUCAUUCAAAUAUUCAGAUUGUCUGAAUAAUAGUCGUAGCAUGUUUCCUUCCUGUAAGGUAUUUCCGGAGAUUUUUCAAAAAGUACUGUUCAAAAUUAAACUUGCAUUAUACCUAGAUCUGAAUUGAUAAAUUUAAUUUGAAGCCAGCUGUGAGAGAGCUUCAAGAUGUUAAUUUAUAAAAUCAGAUAGAUUCUGGAAAAAGAGGGUUUUUUUCAUGUGACAAAGGUGUAGUCUGUGCUAACCCCUCAGUUUUGGAGGGUUCCCCUGUUUUGUUUUUAACAGGUGCUAGUACGGAAGAACAUCAGGAAGGGUGAAUCCGGAGCUACAGAAAUUUAAAGAGAAGGAACUCCACCCCCAGGAUAUCAGAAACAAAUGGCAGAAGAAGUAUCCAUUCGCUGCUCUGAACCUGGAUGCCCCUGCAAUCCAUAUAUCUAUUUCAAAUGCAAUUAUUGUCUUGAAAUUUGGGUGGUGCACUGCAAGUGGGGGUGGAGGCCGCUGGGGUUAUGCCACAGGAGUUCUGAGGAAGAACAGACUCUGACUAUGCGAUUCUUAGACUGUGCCACACGUUUGGGAUUGAUAGAACCAGAUUAUCCCGGGUGGUAUUCAAUAUACGAAAAAAGGGGUUAAAGGGAAAAUUGGAUCUAAAGGCCCAAGUGUUAGCCACUGAGUGCCGUCGAACUAAUGUAGUGCCGUGUGUGGCAGAGCCGGUAAAGUUAUCUUGGUGGGGAGCUUGUAAAAGGAGAUAUGCCGUCCGAACCACCCCGAGGGUCCGAGCAGAGAGCCCCUGCUGUCGCGAAGAGAAAAACUUCCCCGUUGUUCGGUUGCAACCCGACAGACGCUGGGCCAGACAGAGGGAAGCUCCUGCGGAUCACUCUAGGGAGUGUGAACCAGGCUGUGCACUCAGUGAAGAGCCAGCCCUGUGACAUAUGGCUCCUCCAAAAAGUUACCCCUGUUAAGACACAAGUUAACUGGCUGGCACUCAAAGGCAGUCAGGGACAUGGGAAUUGGAAAGAUCAGAAGAAAAGCAGAAAAGGCAAACAUGAUUCAGGAAUCGCUGGUCAGGUGUUUCUCCAAGGAACGAGAAACUCAAGAGAGGAAUUUUAAGUAGAUUUAAAGAAAAAUCUAAAAUGAUGACGAUGCGAACAUGAAUUAAAUGGUUAACAAAAGAAAAGAAAUGGGGGAAUUGUGAAAAACGUGAGAUGAUUAAUUCAUGUUCUUAUGGUAAAUUAGAAAAUUAUAAAGCUGUAUAAAUUUAUAUCAGGUAAAAGUCUAUGUUUCAGGAGGUUUCUCCAUUCAGAAGGGAACAAAAGACUUUUCAGCCUUCUCAAGUAUUGGGAGGGGACCUGUUGAGAUGAGCCAGUAUCAGCAACUCACACCUCGGGAGCCACCUUCACAGACCAUCAAGCAAUAUCACCCAUAUCUCAAACAUUCAUCAACUAUAAGGAUCCAUAAAAACUGAAUAUUAACACAUGGACUUGGGAGGGGAGCUCUUUUUCAAUCCGACCAGAGACGAAUUUGGGUUUGAAUAACUAACCAAGAAACAAAGGGAAGUAUGGGGAAAUAUUGCCAGAGGCAGAAUAAAGAGUAUAAAAACCAAGCCUCGAACAUGGCAAAUUCGUGUACCCAGCUAGAGACACCGACGGCCAGGUUCCGUGUCUCUGGGUCACCCUUGGCUCUCUUUUUUCCCGGGAGAAAUUCUGUCAAGUAAGUGUCGCUGUUUGUGGGGUUUCGUAUUGUUUUGUUUUUAUUACUUAAAAUUCUGUAAUUUGAUUCCAAAUUUUGUGAUUUGAAUUUUAAUAAACCAAAUUAUUGAA